AUGGCCGUCAACAACAACAACAACAACAACAGCAACAACCAUAACUGCAACACCACGGCCAAACCCGCCACGGGCGUCCACAAUUCACGUCGCCGCCACGCGAGCCUCACGCCCGUGACGUCCGUCACAGCUGCCGCUGCAUCGAACGCCACGAAUCGGCGCUACAGUCUCGACCAGACGAAUGCGUCGUCGACAGUCUACUGCGAAGGCUACGCCCGCAUCAAGCGUCGGAAUGUAUUGACGUGGACCACGCGAUUCCUCGUCCUCACGCACACCAACUUGCUGCUGUUCCACAACAAACAGGACGCCACCUACCGUCGCAACGUGGUCGAGUCCCUCUUGCUCAAGAGCGGCCGCGUGUCUCCUAAGAACGACCUGACGAUUGAGUUCACGCUGGCUGACGGCCGUGAAGUACUCGGCCGCGUCUUUAGUCGUGCCGACCAAUUCCAAUGGAUCACGGCUUUCUACCAAUUGGCCAUGACGAGUGAAGUCGUGCGUCGCCCCAAGAGCGCGUCUAUGGACGCCCAGGACCCGAAGAAGCGCCACGUUUCGUUCUUUGGCAGCGUCAAAGUGCGGACGAUCCCGACGCUCCCAGACGAUCAAGUGCUCGAGCUGUUUUACAGUAAACAAGACGUGGAGAAGUUUUCAGCACAAGCGACGAGUCUCCGGACACGGACAGGGGACGCUGUCUCGCUCGUGUUCCACAAGCCGCUGCUGGCGUGGCGUCGACAGCUUGUUUAG